CAGUAAAGCCAUGGCGGCUGUUACCAAUCACCUCUUUGUUUUCCAUAUGCCUUAGGAUAAUUUCCAGGAGAAUCUGCUCCAUGAUCUUGCCUGGCACAGAGGUGAGACUGACUGGUCUGUAGUCCCCUGGGUCUCUGACUUUCCCGUUUUUAAAAAAGAGGGUUAUAUUUGCCUUUUCCCAGUCAUUGGCAUCUUGGUUUCAGACAACUUAAAGAACACUCUGAAAUGAGUUGUCUCCCUUUAUAGGAGAAUAUAUAUACGUGCAUACCUGAAUUGCAUUCACCUUUGGGAAAGGUGAGGCAGUUGUGGUCACCUUCAGGCUAGUUUGAGAUAACUCCCAAGAUCCCCGGGCAAUUUGUAUUUCCUACUAGAGCUUGUAUUGAAAUGAGGGCAAUCCAUGUACUCCAGGUAGCAUUGGUGGUAUGACGUAUUGCAGGGACCUUUCCUUUAAACAUCCAGCCCAACACUGGUAGUCAGGGUGCCAGAAGAAGCUGUGCUUCAGUGCCAAUCACUUCUGAGACAGCUUAAACCCCUUCAUAGGCUUCGUAAUCUCUUCUGCAGCUGGGGUACAGCUGGCCUCAGAUCCUCUGUAUAGCUGACUCCAAAACCCAAGAGGUCAUCCUCGAGUCUCUCCAGGUACCUUCUGCUAGAGGCUCCAGGCUGUGGUGUACAGCGUGUUAUUCAUAUCCUGUCCUGCCUGGCCCAAGUCGUCCCCGUCUCAUCAGUCGCAAUACUCGGUACCCACUGUGUGAGGAAGGAACAACUUUGUUGACUGUUGGGACGCCCUGGAUGACUACUUUUAAGUACUACUGGAAGGAAGCAGGACACUGUGCCCACUGGAUCAAGCCUGGAUUGAGCCCAGAAGGAUCAUCUGUUUCGAGAUUACAGCAACAUCUGGUGAGGCCGACGUGGAACUGCAGUCUGUGGAUCGUGUAGGUGCGGUGAACCCCCCCCACCCCGCGAGGUAAGCGCCACCCGAAGUAACUAGGGUUUGCCUGUAGUCUUUGUAAAGAUGAUAGUUCCUGCAUCCUCCACAGAUGAUACCUUGGUCUUGGACUUUUGGCUGAACUUGCUGCAGAGGAAGCAAGCUUCGGUUUCUGGGGACGAUUUUCAGCGGUUGUAUUUUUAUGGAAAGGACCAAGGCUUCUUUCCUAGUCCUGAGAAAACAUUCUCUAAGGAGAUUUGGAGCAAGUUAGGUGACCAUAUGCUCCAGAUUUUGUCUGCAGGCUACGAUGCAGACAUGGUGGAGUUGGUGAUGUUCUGGAAACGGUGUUACACGGUGUUAGCAAGCUAUGGAACUUCUAGUUGUAGUUCAGCAGGGGAUCCUUCCAGCUUGGACAGUGAGGCUGGGGGUAAGGAAAAACCUCUCUCCAUAGCCAAGAGAGAGCCCUCCCCUCCCUCCCAGGCUGCUGCGCUGGGGGACGUUUCCGUCCCUGGGAAUGGGUUUGGUUCCACAGGGGUGGAUGGGGUCCCCAGCCAGCUGGUCCCGGCCAACCGGCAGAUGGGCAGGAACCUGCGGGUUUCUGGGGACCCUGCGGAGCUGGCUGUGCCGACUCCGCCCCUCCCUGCACCCAGGAGGCGGAAGAGCGGGAGGGAGCCGCCCUCCCUCUCUGCUUUCCUGGCAGUUGGGCGGGAUGGGGAGUCGCUGGCCCCGCCUGCGCCUCUGCUGGAGCUUGAUUCUGUGACGACUCAAUGUCCACAUUGUGGCGUUGCCAUGAAAUUCUCCCUUGGGGCGGCGGAAGCCCGGGAGGGAGGGGUUCUGAUUGAUUCUCUGUCGGACCCAGUCCCAGUGGGCAGGGUGUCCGUCUCACUCCACACGGCGCGGGCAGCGCCCGCUGUGGGUUUCCGUGUCACCGGCAGGGCUGUGCUGGGGGUGGCGCCGGCUGCUCCGCUCCCUGCACUGCCCCCGCCAGGCGUGGCAGGUGGCGCUGAUCGCAGUGCAGGGGCCAGCCCGGGAUCGAGCGGCCCUGCGCUGUGUCCCACCCCCGCUGUGGUUUCUUCCACUCCCGCACUGCCCGAGCCGGCCCCGCCGCCGCCCUCCAAGCCUUCGGCGGCAGCGCGGGGUGGUGCCGCAGAUUGUCAGGCCGCUCCCCUCCCUGCGUCCCGUUCCCUCCCCGUGCUGCGGGAGGGGAGCCGUGGGCCGGCCCCGUUCCGUCCCACAUCAGGGUCGUGUGCCCUGCCUGGACCCACGGCUGGUCCGACCUCACUGCCAUCGCCUCCCACAAAUGCUGGGGCUGCGGCAAGUGCAAGCCCUGUAGUGUCCACCUUUGGCACAGGUGGAGACACGACCGUCAUGAGGCCGGUGCCUCCCUGGGGCAGAGGGUCCCGGGGUGAUGGGUCUUCUUCAGCUGGCUUGUGGACUUUACCCCCUUGUCAGGUGACUGUACCCCCUAGAGAUCAUACACGAUUUUGGGGGGAUGUGAAAGCCAAAGUCAAGGAGAUGGCCGAUUAUGACUCGGCUCAUCACCCCCUGGAGGGCAGAGAUGGAUUUUCUAGCCCUGCUGGUGCAACAGAGACCGCUGUGGUAUCGGGCAGUGUUGCAGUGCCUUCCAGUCAGGCAUCUGCCCCUGUUCCUGUGAAGUCCAUGGGAUGGGACUUAGCAGGUACGGCUGCCUUCCCAGGAAGUUACCAGCCUUUCCUUGUACUUCGGGGAGCAACUCAUGGUACCCAUCAAGCUUUAUCAUGGGAAGCCUUUAAGGAGCUCCGGGACGUGGUUGGAAAAUAUGGGCUGGGGUCUGCUGAAGUCAUGCAGGUGCUUCGAGGUUUUAAUGCUGAUGUACUGCCGCCCUAUGUUAUCCGGUAUCUGGCUCGUGUUCUUUUUCAGCCUGUUGAAUACGAUAUCUUUGAAUACAAAUGGACUCGGUUGGCAGGCAGAGUUGUAGCGCGGAAUACUGCAUUGAGUCAGCAGGAUCCCAGGCGUGUGAUUGGAACUGAUGUGCUGCUGGGUAUGGGUAAUUUUGCUGAUCUUCAGAGGCAGGUUGCCCUUGAUCCUCUGGUGCUUGACCAGUGCCAAAAAACGGGCAUGGCGGCAUUGAUUCAAACCAUAGAAAUGGCUUAUCCUAAGGAGCCCUUUGUGACUGUUGUCCAGGGGGCUGAGGAACCCUUUCUGCAAUUCGCAGGGAGGUUGGCUGCCUCUGUUGAGGGACAGGUGGAGGAUGUGAACGUGAGGCUGCUUGUGCUCAAAGACCUUGCGAGGACUAACUGCAAUGCUGAGUGUAAGAUGAUCAUUGAGGCCCUUCCUGGUGAUCCUUCUCUACCGCAAAUGGUAGAAGCCUGUGCAAGGGUAGGUGCCACAGGUUGUAAGGUGGCUGCCACGGCUACUGCUCUGCAGAUGGUCUGGACCGGGCCACAGGGCGGGCAGCAAAAGCAGGGGAAUGCUCAGGCCAGCAAGAAACAGGAGAAGAAAGUACAGAGAGGGACAAAUGCCGCCUGUUUCUGCAGUCGGUGUGGAGGACCGAAUCAUGCCGCAAAUGUCUGUAGGGCAACAGCUCAUGUUAAUGGUCAGCCUUUGCUGAGCUCAGGAAAUGGGAAGCAGAACACCAAGGGGAGACGUGCUCAGACACAAGCUUCUCUCCAGGCCCCAGAGCCAAUGGAGCGCUUACAGCCAGCACCUGCGGCUCAGCAGGUCUUGAUGUCUGCACAGCAGCAAUGGUCAUCUUAGACUCUUGUGGAGUGCACAAAGUUCCCCUGGAUGCCUUUGACCCUGUGAGUGAGGGCAUGAGUGCUUUCCUCAUGGGGAGGUCUAAUGCCACUGCUCAGGGUAUCAUUGUGCAUCUGGGACUCAUUGAUGCAGAUUUCAUGGGACAAAUUUAUGCCAUGGUUUCCAUACCCACCCCCCCGUCACUAUCCCCAAAGGGACCAGACUUGCUUAACUUGUGCCUUUUAAGUCUUCUGUUUGCAGAGCAGAGAACCGGUUGCGGGGAGACAGCGGCUUCAUAUCCAGUGGGCCGCCUCAGGUUCACUGGACUGCUGUCCUGACCAAAGACUGUCCUGAGAAGGUGUCUACCCUGUCCAUCCCUGGUGCCACACCACCAGAGAUCCACCUCCAUGAGCUCCUUGACACUGACACGGACCAUCAUGAUUCUCUCCCUUGCUACUUGGCCCCUGGAGUGGCCCUUGAAUCCAGUGCAGAUGUCUGUCGUGGGGUUGGCAGGAAUGGCAUAAUGCUACGUGAGCAGAGGCCUGUGAUGAUCACGAACCCAGAGGGACAGACGGCCAUGAUUUGGCCUCAUGUCACAACUGAAAUUUCUACCAAUCUCUGGGGGAGGGAGGUUCUGGCCACAUUGGGGGUGCGCAUCAGGACAGAUUUUGGUGGGGGCCACUGUGAUGAAGGGCACAGAGUGUUCUACGCCUCCUAUAUGGUGGCUGGUGAACAAACCCAUCUGGGAGAACCAGUGGGUUCUCCGUCAAGACAAACUUGUUGCCCUUUGUUACUUGGUUCAGGAGCAGUUGGACCAUGGUCAUCUGGAGCUUUCUACCAGUCCCUGGAACACUCCUGUCUAAAGAAGUCUGGGAAAUGGAAGUUGUUACAAGACCUCUGGAAGGUCAAUGCCGUGAUGGAAAGUACGAGGACAUUGCAGGCUGGUAUGCCAUCGCCCGCCAUGCUUCCUGCAAGAUUGGCUGGUCCUCAUCGUGGAUCUAAAGGAUUGUUUCUUUACAAUUCCUUUGCAUGCUGAUGACAGACCGAAAUGUGCCUUCUCGGUGCCAGCUAUAGACAAUGCUGAGCCCACACAGCGAUAUCAAUGGAGGGUUCUACCCCAGGGUUGUCGCAACUCACCAGCGACAAUGGUAUGUGGCCCGAGCCUUGUAUGGAGUUCGCAAGCAGUUUCCUGAUGCUCAUUUUUAUCACUAUAUGGAUGACAUAUUGGUGGAUGCAUCCACCCAGGAUGAAUUGCUGAGGAUACAGCCUCAGUUGCUCAAUCCUUUUCAUUCUCAUGGGCUGCAGGUGGCUCCAGAAAAGGUUCAGCAACAACCUCCUUGGAAAUAUUUGGGGGUCAAAAUUUUGGAACAAACGGUCCAACACCAAGAGGUGAAAUUUGUGCAUUCAGUGAAGACACUGAAUGAUGCCCAGAAAUUGGUGGGUGUCAUCACUUGGUUGCAUCCGUAUCUAGGACUGACCACGGUACAACUGUCUCCUUUGUUUGAUUUGUUAAAGGGAGACUCUGAUUUGAAGUCGCCACACACAUUGACCCCUGAGGCACGUCAGGUGCUGGAGGAGGUUCAGCGAGCUGUUUCUGCUCACCAAGUCUAUUUCAUUGACCCCUCCAUUGAUGUCACUGUUUUCAUCACCACUCCAGUUUUGCAACCCACAGGCAUCAUUGGCCAGUGGAGUGACAAAUGGUCCGAUUCCUUGCAUGUCUUGGAAUGGGUCUUCCUGUCCCAUCAGCCGCAGAAGACAGCAACCACAUUGUUUGAGCUGAUUGCUCGUUUGAUAAUCAAAUGCCGGCAACCGGUGUUUGCAAUUGAUGGGUGCGGAUCCUGCAAAGAUCGUACUCCCGAUACAGCGGGGGGACUUUGACUGGAGCUUUGCAAACCAUAUUUCUCUGCAAAGUGCUCUGGAAAACUUUUCUGGGCAGAUCACUUACCAUCUGCCCAGCUACAAGAAAAUCACAGAAAUUUCUUUGUGGCCCAGAAUUAGUCAGGAGCCAGUGCAAGGACCCACCGUCUUUACUGACCAUUCAGGAAGGACAGGCAAGGCCAUUGUUACUUGGAAGGAUGGAUCUGAGUGGCAGGUUCUGGAAGGUUCAUGAGGAUGGAUCAGCCCAGUUGGUUGACUUGAGGGCUGCUGCCGUGGCAUUUCAAAAAUUUUCCCAGGAAUCUUUCAAUUUGGUCACAGAUUCCGCCUAUGUGGCCAACAUAGCACAGCAGUUGGGUCAUUGAGUUUUGAAGGAAGUCAGCAAUGUGGCUUUGUUUCAUUUACUGAAGGCCCUGUGGUGUGUCAUUCAGGCCUGAGUACAUCCGUACUACGUUCUGCAUGUAAGGAGUCAUACCAAUUUGCCAGGGUUCGUAGCAGAAGGUAACACAAGGGCUGACACAUUGGCUAACCCAGUGUGGGUUAUACCUCAGCCUGAUACACUCACACAGGCCAAGGCAUUGCAUGGGUUUUUCCAUCAGAAUGCACAUUCCUUGCAGAAGCGGUUUCAGUUGAUGCCAGCUGAGGCCUGUGACAUUGUCGAGUCAUGUGACGACUGUCAUGCGCUUGCUGCACCUUUGUCAGCAGGGGUAAACCCCAGAGGCCUUAGGGCCUUGGAGAUUUGGCAGACUGAUGUCGCCCAAGUUGCUGAGUUUGGCUGGCUCAAGUACGUGCAUGUCACUCUUGGCACUUUCUCCUCUGCGAUGUGGGCUUCUGCUCACACUGGAGAAAAGGCCCGCAAUGUCAUUGCCCACUGGAGGCAGGCCUUUGCCGUUCUAGGCAUACCUUCUGCUGUGAAGACCGACAAUGGUCCCGCUUAUGCCUCGCAGAAGGUGCGGCAGUUCCUGCAGUUGUGGGGUGCGUCACACAAGUUUGGUAUCCCUCAUUCUCCGACUGGUCAAGCUAUAGUAGAACUCGCUCAUGGUACUCUGAAGUGGAUUUUUCUAAAAAAAAAGAGGGGAAUGCUGGGUGAAACCCCGCACAGUCGGUUGGCAAAAGUUUUGUAUACCAUCAAUCACCUUACGAUGCCACAGAAUUCCAAUAAUCCUGUCAUUUUGUACCAACAUCUUUCGUUACAGGCUUCAGACAAGACACAUCAGCCUCAAGUGAAGGUUUGGGUGCAGAAUUUAGUCACCAAACAGUGGGAAGGUCCCUAUGACCUUAUCGCUGCGGGGCAUGGGUAUAUGUGUGUAUCCACAGGUAGUGGGGUACGCUGGAUACCUGCGAAGGGUGUUAGUCCUGACCUGCGACCGCAAAGGAAAAAUCCAGCCGAUAGGCAAGCUGGAGACUGUGACCAAAUGAAAGUCAUCAAGUGGAUGAACCUUCGAGUGAUGACUCAGAUGCAGAUGACGUGAGUGAUCACUCCGAUGGUCCCUCCACAACCAGACACUGAACAAUGUUCAUUUUUCUUUCUUCUUUUUUUUUAAUGGAAAAAGGGUGAAAUGUUGACGUAUUCUUUUUAGCCUUCUGAUUGUUUGCAUUUUUGUAGUGGAGUUUCUCAUGGAUUGUAACAUAAACAAAGUGAUUGUUUUCACAUUCCUCUUUGGAGGAGGGACAAUUGAUGGACUUCUAGUUUGACCAGUGGGGUCGGAGAGGUAGCAACCUCAUUCUCCAAUCCCUGAUCAUUGUCCAGAAUCUAUAUAAAUCGAGGUUGAGAAAUAAACUUCCUUCUUUUUGCUCUGA